CUCCUAUAGGAUGUUGGCUCCAAAAGGAAGAAAGAGGCUUGAAACUCAUAUAACCUGACUUCUGUAGUGCAGCUGAGUUUUUGCUUUCUGUUUUUAUUCCUCUCAACCUCAGAAUUGGGCUCUUGUAGCUGGGAAUUACUAAGAAUUUUAGGAUGGCCCAGCAAUUUGUAGCUAGUCAUAUUGCAUCUGAUAAAGUGGUUGUAUUUGGAAAGAAGAGCUGCCCUUACUGUCACAGUGCGCUAGAUCUUCUGAAAGAACUUAAUAUCAAGCCUGGGCACUUGGCAUUUAUUGAUCUCACAAGUCAAAAGAAUAUGGAUGACAUUCAAGACUAUCUUAUGCAGUUAACGGGUGCCCGAACGGUUCCCCGAAUUUUUAUUGGGGAAACAUGUAUUGGUGGUUUUACAGAUCUCGAUGCUCUAAACGAUAGUGGAGAACUUUCUGUCAUGCUAAAAAAGCUUGGGGCCCUGUGAAGAACAAUAACUACAGGAUGGAGUUACCUUGCACCUACAGGAUUUGAGAUUAGAUUAAUUGCCUGUCCCUCAUCUUCACCCAUUUAUUUCUGAAAGGAAGCAAUAAAAAAUGUUUUGCUUACUUUCUAGCUUCUAAGACACAUCUUUACCCUCCCUUGAUAUCCCUAGUAUGUCUAUUUCUCUGCUAAUAAAAUACACAUGACCAGAAC